AUGGAGAACAAAGCAGCAGCCUGUCCAACCAGCUCUGGACGGGAGGCCCAUACAAGGGCGAGCACACCAAACCACCUCAGCAGCCAGACGGCCCUCCGCACACAACGGAGCUCUGGGACCGAGGCUCAUCGAUCGAGCGGAGCGAGAUCAAGCCACAACCAGUGGAACAAAGCGACUCUGCCUCAAUCUGACCCCACUCUGAUAGGCAUAAAGCAGAGGAAUACUGGGCUUAAGCCACAAGCGGCAUGGCGGAGGGCAAAGCGGAGGCCCUGCACCGACACCCAACAUGGACGGCCUGCUUCCUGUACAUCUCGCAGCGCACAUGGGCCACAACUCCCCAUGGAAACACCCUCUUUUACCAAACGCUUCGACGGAUGA